AUGAAGUUCUCUACUCUUUUGGGUAUAGCUGUGGCUAUCACAUCCACAAAUGCAUUCUCCUUGGAGUCUCUCAAGCAACAAUUUUUACAGAAUGCCAUCGUUUUCGGCGACUCUGACAAACAAUCUUCAGGCUCUUCAAUUUCUUCCUCUUUUCAAGAUAUUCUCUCUCAAUUGAAAUUGGAACUGGCUGAUACCAACACUUUAAACAACCCUGACUUACUUGCCUCCUGGGAAUCACUCCAAAAUGAAUUCUCUCCGGAGUUCUUAACCAAGAAAAUUGACCAAUAUCGUCUGUCAAAGUCCCCCGUGACUGACUUUAACAACGCUUUUAAGAAUCCUACCAAACCAUCCGAAGAAUCAAAGGACAGCUCAGUCACCUUUGAAUCUCUUUCCAAUGAUAAAUAUGAAAAUUAUUCCCUUAGAGUUAAGGAAAACCAUCCGGAACUUCUCGGCUUGGACUCCGUCAAACAAUACACUGGGUACUUGGACGUGGUCGACUUGGAUAAACAUUUCUUCUAUUGGUUCUUUGAGUCCCGUAACGACCCUGAAAACGAUCCAAUCAUCCUUUGGUUGAACGGAGGUCCUGGUUGUUCCUCCGCCACGGGUCUUUUUUUUGAAUUGGGUCCUUCCUCCAUCAAUGCCACUUUGCAACCGGUCUACAACCCAUACUCUUGGAACUCUAAUGCGUCCGUUAUCUUCUUAGAUCAACCAGUUGGUGUAGGCUACUCCUACACCGGAGGUGAAGCCGUGAAAAACACUGCCACUGCCGCUAAGGAUGUGUUUGUAUUUUUGGAAUUAUUCUUCCAAAAGUUCCCAUCUUUCCUCAAUAACAAGUUCCAUAUUGCUGGUGAGUCUUAUGCUGGUCAUUAUAUCCCUAGCUUUGCCAGUGAGAUCAUCAACAAUGCCGACCGGUCAUUUGAACUUUCUUCUGUUUUGAUUGGUAAUGGGAUCACCGAUGCCUUGAUCCAAUACGCCCAUUAUAAGCCCAUGGCCUGUGGAGAAGGUGGAUAUCGUCAAGUAUUAACCGACGAUCAAUGUGAUGAAAUGGAUAGAACCUAUCCAAAAUGUGCCCUUCUUACUGAGCUUUGCUACAACGCUCCUAGUGCCCUCACUUGUGUCCCAGCAAACAUCUACUGUGAAUCUAGCAUGAUGAAUGCCUACACAUCCACCGGAUUGAAUGUUUACGAUAUCCGUAUGCAAUGCGAGGACGAUGGUGGCAAUUGUUACAAGGAGAUGGACUACAUAGAUGACUAUCUUACCACUGAAUUUGUCAAGGCUGCCGUUGGAGCUUCUAAUAUCGACAUUUUCAGCAGUUGUGAUGAAACUGUGUUUAGAAAUUUUUUGCUUGAUGGAGAUGAAAUGAAACCAUUCCAACAAUACGUGGCGGAAUUACUUGAAUAUGGCAUCCCUGUCUUGCUUUAUGCUGGUGACAAGGACUACAUUUGUAACUGGUUGGGUAACCACGCCUGGUCUGAUGCCUUGGAAUACUCUGAGCAUGACCUUUUUGCCGCUAAACCAUUACAAAAAUGGAUUACUCUGGCUGGGGAAGUUGGUGGAGAAGUCAAGAAUCACGGAAUUUUCACCUUCCUUCGUAUCUACGAUGCUGGUCACAUGGUUCCAUACGACCAACCAGAAAAUUCCCUUGAUAUGGUGAACAGAUGGGUUGCAGGUGAUUAUUCGUUUGGCAAGUAG